ACCAGCAGCCCACAGAAACAGAGACACACCCAGCACAUAGGAGACCGCCAGGAGACUGCCAGGGAGACUCGAGACCUACCAAAGGAGAAAAAGUGAGGAAACAGUAUGGCAGGAAAGGAAGAGUGAGCCAAUCAGGAAAGCAACAUUUGGCUAAACUGCGUAGAACAUAGAACUUAGCACAAAGCAAACAGGCAGGGGAAGGACAGCAACUCAGGGCAUCUACUGACUACCUGGAGUUGACCUUCUACAACACAAGGAUUACCAGAGAACAAAGAGGGAAGACUGGUUCUAGAACGAAGUGCAUUUUUAUCAUAUCUUACGUCCAGGGUGAGAAGAGAGACAUUAUCAGAUCUACUGCACAAAUCACACACAAGAGGAUGAGCCUGCCGAGGACUGGGACCCUGGAGAAGGGCGUCACCCAGCCCAAUCACAUGAAUAACGAGGAACCUCCGUCACCACUGCCCUCCCACCUCCAGCACUCCGGCUCUGUGACCUCUGUGCCCGGGUCACCCACGGGCACAUCGGUGGUGGUGGUGCCACCACCGUACUCAGUGACAGGGAGCGUGGCGGGGGGUACAGACGCCCCCCUGGAGCUGAGGGGCUCCCUCGACUGCUGGGCGUGCUCGGUACUGGUGACUGCUCAGAACCUGAUCAUUGCCCUGGUCAACGGCGUGCUGGCCAGCAUUGUGUUCAGCACCAUCCUGACCCCAGCCCUGGUCAUGGUCGUAUUCGGCUUCCUGUGUCACUCCACGGUGCAGCCCAACGGUACAUCCCUGUAUUGUUCAGACCUGCUGGAUGACGGUGGCUGUGUGGCCCUGCUGGUGGUGGGCUUCAUCCUGGUCACCCCCCUCCUGGUCCUGGCUCUGGCUGCCUACUGCCGCCUGGCCCGUCACCUUCAGCUGGGCCUCUGCUUCAUUCCCUACAGCAGAGCUGUCUACAAGAACCUGCCCGCCUCGCACCACCGCAGAGGGGUCUGCUGUGGCCAGCCUGGGGCCUCGGAACGGGAGGGGAAAGGCAGUGUCUGGGUGUGAGCGGAGUAGAUGUCGA